AUGACUCACCAAUCCAAUGAUGAGUGUGGUUACCUUCAGGGAAGAGGAAGAAGAAACUUGCUGGGAUUUAAUCAGUGCUUACACAUUUUACAAGAGAUAAUGUUUUAUUUUCUCAGUGGAAGGGUAUUAUUUGAAUUAUGGCAAUACAGCACAACCACCAAGGUAGGAAUGAUAUGUAAAGUGGAAAGAGUGUGAGAGAGUAGAGAUGGAACAUAGAAUGGAUUGUAUCAGUGGGGUGAUAUUCUACUCACUCUCCAGUUAUUUAAGGGGCUUUAACCAAUUUUUUUAAUAGUGAAAUUAAGUUAAUUUUCUGAAGGACGUAAUCUGAUAAAUUGUGUCUUCCCGUUUGUUAAUUCGUAUGUUGAAGUACAAAUACGUUAUGAUACUUACUGCAAUGUAUUUGAACUUACGUAGUAGUCAACCGGAGCCUGAAUUAGGGCUUAAAGCAUAUUGUGGAAGUCUCUUUACAUAUAACUGGGCUGGAACAUUGAGAACUGAAUGGUAAGGAUGCUGGAUUUUACUGUGGUGAAGUCGUUUUUUGUUCAGUUUGCUUUCCAACAUCAGAGAAGUUUGUAGUUGGCAUGCCUGAUUAAAUUUAUUUCUUGAAAUUUAUUUAUGUACACUAUUAUGACAGACACAAACUAUAUAUAGAAAAGCCUGUAAACAUUUCACUUGUGUUCUUGAAGUAGAAGUGGGGUCUGUUACUACUGAUAUUAAACCAGAUGUUAGCUGUGGUCUUCAAGGUGCUCUGUGUCAGUUUAGCAAGAACUGUCAGAAAUACUUCAGCUAUCUUGCUCUUUACUUCUCUUGUACUGUAUUCUUAGCCUAUACAGCAAACCUUAUUGUAGAUAGCUGAAGCUGUUGUCUGUUUUUGUCUUUAUGUGGACAAACACGGUCUGUUUAGAUAGUGAGCUUUCUAGGUGAGGAUCACCAUUUUAUUGUGUCACACAGCACCUAAUACAAUGAGUUUCUCCCUCUAUGAGUAGAAUGCCCUGUUUAUUACCCCAGCAUGGUCCUAGAGCAUGGCUGCCUUACUUCCAGUAUCAGUAAGUAUUUGGACUUCUGGCCCUGACCUAGGAACUGUGAGUUUCAAAGGUCUAGAAUAUCAAAGACUGCACAAAAAUGCAAAUAAAGUUCUCUGUGAUCAAGUAGUAUUAUGCAGAAUAUAAAUGUGUCAGCUGUAUGCAUGCGCUAAAAAGAACAAUUAAGUUCUUAUUUACUGUGUAGAUUUUUGAAGCUGAAAGUCGGACUUGGGCUCUGGAGGUGUGCAGAGUCAGCAGAAAACUGAUCAAAAAAGGUGAAUAUUUUACAUCAUGCUAAGUUGCAGAACUGACUCAGCGGGAUUGGGGCAAGUGCCAGACGUGGUGCAAGAGAUUGGUCUGCAUUGAGUGGUUGAGGUGUUGUUUGCUGCUGGACUCCCCCCGUCCCCCACACCCCUGCAGGAUGAUAUGAGACUUGAAAGAAGACGAUGCAUACAGGAGGAGAGACUUCAGCAUGCAAACCUUCAUCUGUUCGGCUUGCACCAUCGUUUUCAUUCCAUGCUGCUGGCCUUCAGAUGGCUGGACAGAUGUCCCAUUCGCAUCAGCAGUACAGUGAUCGUCGUCAGCAGAACAUAAAUGACCAACAGGUUUCUGCCUUAUCGUAUGCUGACCAGAUUCAGCAACCUCUAACGUUAACAAACCAGAGGCGGAUGCCCCAAACUUUCCGAGAUCCAGCCACUGCUCCAUUGAGGAAGCUCUCCGUAGAUUUGAUCAAAACAUACAAGCAUAUUAAUGAGGUUUACUAUGCAAAAAAAAAACGGCGGCAUCAGCAGGGCCAAGGAGAAGAUUCCAGUCACAAAAAGGAGAGAAAAGUUUACAAUGAUGGCUAUGAUGAUGACAACUAUGACUAUAUUGUAAAAAAUGGGGAGAAGUGGAUGGAUCGUUAUGAAAUUGACUCUUUAAUAGGCAAAGGAUCCUUUGGACAGGUUGUAAAGGCUUAUGAUCGAGUGGAACAGGAGUGGGUGGCUAUCAAAAUAAUAAAAAACAAGAAGGCUUUCUUAAACCAAGCCCAAAUUGAAGUGCGACUGCUUGAGCUUAUGAACAAACAUGACACAGAGAUGAAGUACUAUAUAGUACAUUUGAAGCGCCACUUCGUGUUCCGAAACCAUCUCUGCUUAGUCUUUGAAAUGCUGUCCUACAAUCUGUAUGAUCUGUUGCGGAACACCAACUUCAGAGGUGUCUCAUUGAACCUGACACGAAAAUUUGCACAGCAAAUGUGCACUGCACUGCUUUUUCUGGCGACUCCUGAACUUAGUAUCAUUCACUGUGACCUAAAACCUGAGAAUAUACUGCUCUGUAACCCCAAACGAAGCGCUAUCAAGAUUGUUGAUUUUGGCAGUUCGUGUCAACUUGGACAGAGGAUAUACCAAUAUAUCCAGAGUCGUUUUUAUCGAUCACCAGAGGUGCUACUGGGAAUGCCUUAUGACCUUGCAAUUGAUAUGUGGUCCCUUGGGUGUAUUUUAGUUGAGAUGCACACUGGAGAGCCUCUUUUUAGUGGGGCAAAUGAGGUGGAUCAAAUGAAUAAGAUAGUGGAAGUUCUGGGGAUACCACCUACUCACAUCCUUGACCAAGCACCAAAAGCAAGAAAGUUCUUUGAGAAGUUGCCAGAUAGCACUUGGAACUUGAAGAAGACCAAAGAUGGAAAAAGGGAAUACAAACCACCUGGAACUCGUAAACUUCACAAUAUACUAGGAGUUGAAACAGGAGGACCAGGUGGACGCCGUGCUGGGGAAUCGGGUCAUACUGUAGCUGACUACUUGAAGUUCAAAGACCUCAUCUUAAGGAUGCUUGAUUAUGACCCUAAGACACGAAUUCAACCUUAUUAUGCCCUACAGCAUAGUUUCUUUAAGAAAACAGCAGACGAAGGUACAAACACAAGUAACAGUGUGUCUACGAGUCCUGCCAUGGAGCAGUCACAGUCUUCAGGAACCACCUCUAGUACAUCUUCGAGCUCAGGUGGAUCUUCUGGAACAAGCAACAGUGGAAGGGCACGCUCAGAUCCCACACACCAGCAUCGGCAUAGUGGUGGACACUUCACUGCUGCUGUUCAAGCUAUGGACUGUGAAACGCACAGCCCGCAGGUUCGACAACAGUUUCCUCCUCCAAUUGGUUGGACAGCCACUGAAGCUCCUACACAGGUCACUGUUGAAAACCAUCCAGUUCAAGAAACCACCUUCCAUGUAACCCCUCAACAACAGAAUGCAUUACAUCAUCAUCACGGAAAUAGCUCUCACCACCACCACCAUCACCACCACCACCACCACCAUCAUGGACAGCAAGCCUUGGGUAGCCGGACCAGGCCGAGAGUCUACAAUUCUCCAACAAACAGCUCCUCCACCCACGAUUCUAUGGAGGUGGGCCACAGUCACCACUCCAUGACAUCCCUGUCUUCCUCAACUACUUCUUCCUCUACAUCUUCCUCCUCUACUGGUAACCAAGGCAAUCAGGCCUAUCAGAACCGCCCAGUGGCUGCUAAUACCUUGGACUUUGGACAAAACGGAGCUAUGGACAUGAAUUUAACAGUCUACUCUAAUCCGCGCCAAGAAACUGGCAUAGCUGGACAUCCAACAUACCAGUUUUCUGCUAAUACAGGUCCUGCUCAUUACAUGACUGAAGGACACCUUGCAAUGAGGCAAGGAAUUGAUAGAGAAGAGUCUCCCAUGACAGGAGUUUGUGUUCAGCAAAGUCCUGUGGCUAGCUCGUGACUAAACUGAAACUAAGUUUGUUUCUUGUGUGUUUUUAUAGAAGUGGUGUUUUUCCAAAAACAAAGUGCAAAGCUGCUUGAAUCAGAAGGAGAUAAACUCACUGAACCGCUACAGGAGGGCAAAGCUGACUAUUUUUUUAAACUUGAAAAGAUUGCAAAGGGACAAUGAGUUUUUUUUUUGUUGGGUUUUUUUUGUUUGGUUUUUUUUUUUUUCUUUUUUUUUUUUUUUUUGUUUUUUUGUUGGUUUUAUUUUUUAAUAGCCAUGUCUGGACCCACGUUAAUGGAUAGCUUAGUGGUGUUCACUUUUUGCUUCCCCCAUUUUAACUUGCCACAACAUAGUCAUAGUUUGGUUUUUUGGGGAGGGUUUUUUUUUUUGGUCUCAUUCAACAGGGGUUAUUGUUCAAACAUUAGUUGUAGUUCCAAACUAGUUUCUUUUUAAAGGCAUUGCACAUGAUUUAUAAAAAGGCCCUUUGAAGUUUUUGGGUGGGAGGGGAGUGAGUAAUAUAUAUAUAUUUUUUUUAGUUCCCCAAACAAACAUGGGCACAGAAAUGCAGUACUGUAAGAAAGAGGGACCUUCAGAUUACACAAAUAUAUAUUCUUCAGCUGUAAAAAGGGACGGUUGUGAUGGAGUUUGUAAGGCACAUUGAGCAUGCUAAGUGGCGGUGAUCAGAACUCUCCUUUUCUGAAUCUACUGAGGAUCAAAGCAGCAAUUGUAAUGGGAUUCUGUGGGUCUCAUAUUUUGGGAGGCCACAGUCAGUUAGUAUUGAAAUAUGACUGGUUUCAUAACUGAGGUGCACUGAGAAGCAAUCAACGGGUCGGUCCUGGCCAGUCCUGGGGAGGUCUAAGUGGUGGUCUUUGGGAUAACCUUUGGCCUUAUGGAUUUGGACUCUUAAGUUAGAAGAGCCUACCAUUUCAGAUGCAAUCACUUUUGGACAUGCUUUUGCAGACAGUCCUUAAUGCUGAAAACACAGAGAAUGGGUAAUUCAAGAGGCCUUUCUUUUAAAAUAGACUUUUGUGACCCACUUAUUGUAAGGUAUUGCAAGGUCACUUUGCGUGUGUCAUAAAGUUGACUUCCUUAUUGGUUGAAGGUCACAGGAGUAGUGGUUUGCGUUUGAUGGAAAUAGCUACAACUGUGUCCCUUCCUGCUUUUUACUUUUUUCUUUUGCUUUUUCUCGGCACGUGGUUUCUCCACCAUUACUUCUGCACAAAGACGUCUUCUGUUCAUCCUGAACAUUUUUAAAAAUGCAGAAUUUUAUGUGACUGCUUUUUUGCCUCACAAUUAUGCUGUGAAUUUUACAAAAAUUUAUUUUCUUUUUUGAUAAUUUAUUGUACCAAAGCUGUUUUUAUAGCACAUAGAUGUCUGUAACCAAUAAUGUAGCAGUUCUGCACUUUGACACAAGGUGUAACUAGACCAUUUUUAAAUGUCAGUUGAAAAUUAUGGCUGUACUAUUGCUUAAACAAAACUGGAACUGUUGUUGAAUUCAUAGCCAAUACAUUUACAGCAAUCUGUGUACUGAACAUAAUAGAUUGACAUCUACUUCGAGACUAUAACAUCUGUUACAUUAUAAAUGUGUUCAGGCUUCUGAAGGUAAAAGGGACACUAGAUCCAGAAGCUAUGAAACCAGCAGUUGAUUCUUGUAUUCCUUAUUAACAUAAUUGUAAACUUGAAGGCAAGACCUUGAUUGCAUGAACAGGUCCAAAAUAAUAGUCUGAGUAAAGCAAAACACUCACAUGAGACCUGAGGUUAGCAGGCUGUAUUUAACAGGUGCCUAAUUUUUGGGUAACGCUGCCUUAAUAUAACACAGUCAGCUUGGCAGUUGCAAAAUUUAUGGGCCCAUUCAGAGAUUUGUUUGGAUGAAAAGUAAAAGCUCCGUGGAAAACAUUUGAAAGAAGAAGGGUAAUUCAUUGAUUGCCCAUCCCAGAUUAACAUUCUUUGCCCAUUAUAUAUUACAGAAGCAGUGAUCUACCUCUGCCAGUAAGCCCUUCUAAAAGUUAAUUUAGCAGAAAAUUCAGAGUUCAGACUGGUCGGUUCCAUGCGGCGAAGUCAUUCUUUCAGACUAAAAGGUGAAAUUUUUUAUACUUACAGUGGCAACGCAGCAGCUGACUACCAUGCGAAUGGGAAUGAAUACUUGGGAUUAACCAUUUUUUUCCUUGUAAAUCAUGAUUUUUUUUUUUUUAAUCAAGCAAUCCUUUUUUUUGGUUUUUUCUUUUUUUUUUUUUUUUUGUAUUGACAUGUCAACCCUGUGGAUGAAUUUUUUUUUCCUGUUUUCUUUCUGGUUUUGUCUUUUAACUCGGUAAUUCAGAGAAGUUUACAGGAUUUGGAAGGCUGUCACCUUAGAAACAGGAUGCUGAGUUUAGCAAUAUAAAAAGGAAUCCAGUACUUACUGCUGUCUAGGAAUAUAAGGGUAAUAUGAAAUCUGGGUAAUUUUUGUGUGCGCGGGUUUGCCACACCUUAGCAAGCGCCAAAAAAUAAAGCAGUUAAAAAGAAAAUCUGCAUAAAGAAGAAAUCAUAAAAUCCAGUGCUUCUGCAUACUGUGUUAUGUUACAGUCCAGUUUUGUGUGCUUUACUACACAGUUUGGUUACAGGACUUCUGUGCAUUGUAAACAUAAACAGCAUGGAAAAGGUUAAAUACCUGUGUUCAGAUUGUAAGAUCUAGUCCGGACUUGCUGUGUAUAUUGUAACGUUAAAUGAAAAGACAAGCCCUUUGUAUUAUAGUCAUGCAGUCUUAUGUAUGAUAAACAGUUGAAUAAUUUGUCCUCAGACUCUUUACUGUGCUUUUUAAAAAAAGAGUAAUUUAAGAAAAAAUGUAAACAUAGUAAAUCUUCCUAUGCAAUUAACCUACUCCAAGCCAUGGUAUGGUAGGUAUAAUUAUACUAUAAUAUGUAAAUAUCAGAUACAUUGAAACAGACUUAAAAAUAUGAAAGUAAAAGUUGGAGGCAUAACAGAUAAUUUUGAGUUUUUAAUUGAAACAGCAAGGUAUACAAAUCAUUGAUGUAUGAACACAGCUCUGCUUGAUUCUGAUGGACUGUACUUGUAGUUUGAGUUCUUUAUAUUAUCAUCUGUUAGUUUGAAUGUUCUUAUAUGCACUGCAGCUUUCUACCUAUUACAGACUAGCUGAUGUUAAGGCCAGAAGUGACCAUGGUCAUGAAGUAAUCUGACUGGCAUGCCAUUACCCCUAGAAUUCAAUCUAGUUAUUUCUGCAUCAUGAAGUCCAUGUCUUUUGGGUGCAGUAGAACAUACUUUUGAAAAAGAUAGCUGAUUUUCAUAUAGAUUCUUCAAGUGUGAGGGUUUUUCCGUGUCUCUUGAGUGAUUCAGCUAGAUUUCCAUACUCUUAGUCCUCCUCCAGUUUUAGGACUGUUUAGUUACAGCUGCUGGCCAUCAGAUAGCUAGCUGCCUAUUAGAAUAACAAAUAACUACUCUAGUUUUAAACUAUUUCACUUUAUUCACAUAAAAAAAUAUGUUAACUUUAAUAACCUGUAUAGAUGGAGUUCCUUAAAUCUCUAACUGUAAAGCUUUUUCGGCUCUUCUGAAACUUCAGAUGUUUUAAAAUCCAUUCUAAAAGCGUGGGCAGAAGAACUGCAUACAGCAUCUGGUAGUGAUUUGGGUAUUGCUGUGUGCGUGUAGUAUGUGCAGGUACAUUCUUGAACCUUUCAGUUUAUAUCUUCGCUUGUUUGUUUAUACCUCCGAGGAUUGCAUUUUUAAAUCUUUCAGUCUUAGUUAUUUGCAUUAAAAGAUUGUAAAUUUAGAUGAUUAUCCAUCAUGAUUCCUAAGUCCUUUUCAGAACUGCUGCUUUUCCAGGAUGUGGUCUUCCAUCCUGUAAGUAUAAUGAUGUCUGAAUGGGACUGGUUUACAGAAGGGUUGGAUUCACCUGUAGGUGUGGCUUGUCUUCAUUGUUUAUCACUCUACCAUCGUUACUUUCAUUAAACCAUCAAUGUGCUUAUAUUUUAGUCUUGAUAACUGAAAACUCUUAAAUACCUUGAAAGAUAAUUCCUGUUGAAACCCAUCAGGAACAUCCUUUUUUAAUGAGGAAGUAAUCUAAAACUCUAACCCUCUGACACAGCGUGGUGAAUAUGUUGUGUUGAUUUACAGAACAAAAUACGUAUCAGUAAGAUCAUUAUGUGGAACUUCUGAAUAGUAUGUAAGUAUCUCUCUAGUCAAGAUUACACAAGUAACUGACAACAAAGUAAGAGUUAUUGCUGAGUGUUGACCUCAUGAGGAUAGUUUUUAUAUAGCAUGACUCUGGCAAGUGAUGUACUUUAAAGGAUUGGGUAUUAGAAUUGCACAAUAUCUUUCAUCUGUCAAGGAGAAACGAUACCAUGCCAAAUUGUAGUUUUCUGUUAAAUAUCCCUGAUUUUGUGGGGUUCUACAGAAGUAACCUGAUGGUAAAAAGUUUGCAGUUGGUAUUUACUUCUCCACUUCAUAACAAUAGUUGAACUAUUUUUUACUUAGUGAUCAAGAUGCAUUGUUUUUAUUGCAACAGUUCUCCAUACUAGCCCUAUCAAAUAUAUGUGGUCUGCCUAGGCCCAAGAGGAUUUGUAGUUUCUGUUGUUCAUUAUAUUUUAUGCUAGAUGUUACAGAGUGUCACAGAGUUCAAUCACAAGAUGGUCACAGUGACUGUCUCUGAGGACCUGAAUGAUACGAGAAGGUGAUACACUUCAUAAACCAGACAAAGGUGGUAGUUAAAAUUUUAAACUUCAGGCUCCUCUGCUGAACAGGAGAGAGAAUAUUUAAUUCACUUUAAUCGAUGUUCAGAGAUUCAAGUGGGAAAGCAAGGAUAGAUGAUUUAGAAGAGGAUAAAGGUUGGAAUUGAAAAGAUGUUCUGUGUGGGAGGGACUCUAACCAAUGUGAAUAAUAGCAUAGGGAGGAGAGAGAAAUAUCCUUCGCUUGAGUGGAGUUAUGCAGUCCUUAAUUGAAAGAGAGACUAAGAAAUUUCUGUAGUCCUAGGAGAGCAUUGAAAGUGAGACCAAGAAAUUUCUUUUAUAUAGUCCUAGGAAAUCGUGUGAGGGAAGGUAAAUGAAAAACUUUAAUGGCAAUGUUGAAUGAAGCUUAACAGUUCUGCUUUCAUUGGAAAAUAAGUUUUUCACAGAAGGUUGGAUUCUAGUAAUUAACGUGAGAGAUGUCUAGAAUGUAGCUGCAUGGUCUGUUUCAAGGUAGAUUUGAAUCCAGACUGUUUAUCAAGUGGCAAGACUUGGGUCAAAUCUGGAAGUUUGCAAGAGAGCAGAAAUGGAAGUUGGGAUUAUUUUAUUGCAAUUUAGAAAGGCUAAAUUGAAGAAGGAGGAUUUGAUUUCUGAUGGCAGACCAAACGAGCAUAUGCUGGAGGGAUCAGUCUGGCAAAAGCAGUAGGAAUGGAUAGAGUGGAUUGUCAGCAUUUAGCAACUUGAAGGGAUUUUAAUUUAUUUACUAACUAGGGCUGAGACAUAUAGGUUAAAAUGGGCUGAAAGCAGAGCCUAGUGAGACCUUAAAAGGUGCAAACAACAGUAGAUGUUAUAAAUCAAGUUUUAGAACUGUAGGAAUAAAAACCCAAACCCAAGCAGAGUAUUUUAUUGAGUGAUUACCUGUUAAAACUUCUACCUGUGUUUAGGAGGACGAGAAUGGAAGUGAGAC